AUGUCGGAAAAGAAAAACGUACUGCUGCUGAUCGCCGAUGAUUUGGGAAGGCAGCUAAGUUGUUAUGGGGCAAGCACGAUCAAGACCCCUCAUAUCGACCACCUAGCUGCUCAAGGAACGCAAUUUGACUACGCUUUUGCAAGUACAGCCUCUUGCAGUGGCAGUCGCUCUGUUCUUUAUACCGGUCUACAUACCCAUCAAAAUGGGCAAUAUGGACUUGCGAGUCAUCGGCAUCAUUUCGUGACAUUCGACCAUGUAGAAACUGCACCCUCUCUGCUCAACAAUAUUGGUCACAGAACGGGAAUUUUGGGAAAAAUCCAUGUUGGACCAGCAGCCGUUUAUCCGUGGCAGGAGAACCAGGAGAGCGAAACACGUGACGUUGCUGUGAUCGCAGACCAGGCCCGAGUAUUUUUCCAGGAGUCUAGCGAAGAUACUAGGCCAUUCUUCCUCACCAUUGGGUUUCAUGAUCCCCAUCGUGAUCGAACAAGGGGUGGCUUCGGAAAUACUGAAAAAUACGACGAUCGGAUCACUUCUGGUCAAUAUCAGCCAGACCAAGUUGAGAUCCCCUCCUUCAUCACCGAUACUCCAGGGACUCGUCUGGAAUUGGCGGAAUAUUACAAUUCUAUUCAUCGGCUUGACCAAGGUGUGGGGUUCAUCCUUGACGCCCUGAAGGAUUCGGGGUUGGACGAGUCAACAUUGGUCAUCUUCAUCAGCGAUAAUGGCCCACCAUUCAUCAACUCCAAGACCACACUCUAUGAUGCGGGCACACAUCUCCCCCUCAUAAUCAGGCAUCCGAAAGUCUCUCCUGCUGUUAGUCCCAAUUUGAUUUCGUGGGUUGAUAUUCUCCCUACCAUUCUUGACUUCACUGGCCACCCAGCUGCCCAUGACCGAAGCAAGCGCCUUGGUCGCUCCAUCCUUCCACUUCUUGGCAAUUCUUCUAGUCUUGAGGAAUUUAACCAGGUCUUUGGCUCUCAUACUUUCCAUGAGGUGACCAAUUAUUGGCCUACCCGCUACAUCCGUGAUCGCAGAUUCAAGUACCAUAGAAAUCUGGCAUGGCGCCUAGAUUUUCCAUUUGCCGCUGAUCUUUAUGGGUCUUUAUCAUGGGAGGAUAUCCGUAAUUCAACUGAAAGUGAUAUUAAGAUUGGUGAUCGAAAGUUGAAAGACUACUUCUUCAGACCCCCAGAGGAGUUAUAUGACCUGCAGAAUGAUCCAAAGGAGGUCCACAAUCUGAUCAAAGAUCCAGGAUAUAAGGGCGUCUUAGAAGAUUUGAGGUCAAAAUUGGAAAAAUGGCAGCUUCGGACGGAAGAUCCCUGGCUGUAUCGGGAUGGCGUGUCAGUUUGGUUUGUUCGAUACCACUUACCUGCUGGCCUGAGAAUUCCGGAUCGACUAGAUUUUGAUCCAGAACGGCCUGGGAACCAAACUGAACCGGUAGUGUCGGAUAAAUUAGCCUGGGGAGAAGCGGCGGAGAGCUAG